AUGCUCAACUUCACCGAUGUGACAGAGUUCAUUCUUUUGGGACUAACCAGUCGUCAGGAAUGGCAGGUUCUUUUCUUUUUCAUUUUUCUUGUUGUCUGUAUUGUCACCACUGUGGGCAACAUUGGCAUGAUUAUAUUAGUUAAGAUCAGUCCACAGCUUAACAGCCCUAUGUACUUUUUUCUCAGUCAUUUGUCAUUUGUUGAUGUGUGGUUUUCUUCCAAUGUCACUCCUAAAAUGCUGGAAAAUCUGUUAUCAGAAACAAAAACUAUUUCUUAUGCUGGUUGCUUGGUACAGUGUUUCUUUUUCAUUGCCCUUGUCCAUGUAGAAGUUUUCAUUCUUGCUGUGAUGGCCUUUGAUAGGUAUAUGGCAAUUGGGAACCCUCUGCUCUAGUCUAGAGCUGUCUGUAUUCGACUGAUUUCUUUCCCUUACGUAUAUGGUUUUCUGACUAGUCUGGCAGCAACUCUCCGGACAUACGGCUUGUACUUUUGUGCUACAGACUGA